CCCGGACCGGCCGGGCAGGCGUUUCAGUCGCCGGUGGCUGGGGAACCCUGCGGGUAUUCCAUCUGCCCUCUCCGGCUCCCCGGACGGAUCACCCUGGUCCCGCCACACAGGUGGGGGGAGCAGCCCUGACUGUGGGGCCAUGGCAGUAGACUCCUCAUCCGCCGCCGCUGCCAGCCCCGCGGGAUCGUCAGCUUCUAUGCGAGGGACCCCCACCACCUCUGCAGGCUGAGAGCCGCUGCUGCCUCCGAGCUGCGAGGGCUACUAUGCUCCCUCUUGGCCACCGCUUCCCCGUCCCACUCGCGCAGGCACCCCUCUGGCUGCUCAGUCCCGCCUCAGUGUCAAACCGGAAGAGAAGUAAAACUCAACAAAAAUUUAUUAUGUGUGGAGUUCCUUCUUAAAAGAAGAAAACGGUGAUUAUUGCAACUAUGGAUCGGAGCAAACGGAAUUCAAUUGCAGGAUUUCCUCCACGUUUGGAGCGUCAUGAAGAUUUUGAAGGGGGUGUUGGAAACGAUGGGAACAUGACCCAGGUGGGACGAGUUGGGACAUCUUCAUAUCGAGCUCUUAUAAGUGCCUUUUCCAGACUGACACGUUUAGAUGACUUCACCUAUGAAAAAAUAGGAUCUGGCUUCUUUUCUGAAGUAUUCAAGGUGCGACACCGAGCUUCUGGUCAGGUGAUGGCUCUUAAGAUGAACACAUUGAGUAGUAACCGGGCAAACAUGCUGAAGGAGAUCCAGCUUAUGAAUAGACUCUCCCACCCCAACAUCCUUAGGUUCAUGGGUGUAUGUGUACAUCAAGGACAAUUGCAUGCACUUACAGAGUAUAUCAACGCUGGAAACCUGGAACAGUUGCUAGACAGUAACCUGUAUUUGCCCUGGACUGUGAGGGUGAAACUGGCCUAUGAUAUAGCAGUGGGCCUCAGCUAUCUUCACUUCAAAGGCAUUUUCCAUCGGGACCUCACAUCUAAGAACUGCCUGAUAAAGAGGGAUGAAAAUGCCUACUCUGUAGUGGUAGCUGCCUUUGGCCUGGCUGAGAAGAUCCCUGACAUCAGCAUGGGGAGGGAGAAGCUGGCAGUGGUGGGCUCACCCUUCUGGAUGGCACCUGAAGUUCUCCGAGAUGAGCCCUACAAUGAGAAGGCGGACGUGUUCUCUUAUGGUAUCAUCCUCUGUGAGGUCAUCGCCCGCAUCCAGGCUGAUCCGGACUAUCUUCCCCGCACAGAGAACUUCGGGCUGGACUAUGACACUUUCCAGCACAUGGUGGGAGACUGUCCCCCAGACUUUUUGCAGCUUACCUUCAACUGCUGUAAUAUGGACCCCAAACUGCGCCCAUCCUUUGUGGAGACUGGGAAGAACUUGGAGGAAAUUCUGAACCACCUACAGGAGGAAGAGCUGCAGCCCACCACUGAGGGACUCCUGGAGAAAGGCUCUGGGAUGAAGCGACUGAGCUCACUAGAUGAGAAGAUCCCUCCCAAGUCCCCAUGCCCAAGACGUACUAUCUGGCUGUCUUGAAGCCAGUCAGACAUCUUCUCCCAUAAUCCCCCACAUACAGUGAACGUCUUGGACCCCUACUACCAGUCACGAGGCGGUGCUGCCAGCACCCCCAAAAUCAACCCUUUCAGUGCUCGCCAGGACCUCAAGGGUGGCAAGGUCAAGUUCUUUGACCUGCCCAGCAAGUCUGUUAUUUCCCUGGUAUUUGACCUGGAUGCACCAGGGCCUGGAACUUUGCCUAUGGCUGACUGGCAGGAACCCCUGGUCCCACCUGCUCGCCGGUGGCAUUCUUUGCCUGGUUCACCAGAGUUCUUGCAUCAAGAGGCCUGUCCAUUUGUAGGCCGAGAAGAAUCCCUGUCUGAUGGGCCCCCACGUCUCAGUAGUCUCAAGUACAAAGUAAGAGAGAUCCCGCCAUUCCGAGCAUCUGCCCUACCAGCUGCUCCAGCCCCUGAAGCCAUGGACUGCUCCAGCUCCCAGGAAGAGAACGGUUUUGGGCCCAGGCCACAGGGGGCCAGUCCCUGCCUUACAGGUGCCUCUGAGGAGAUGGAGGUGUAAGGAAGGCCAAGAGACUUGGCUCCAGUCCCCUUCUCUGUCUCAAUCAUGGGCCUGAAAACCCGGAGGAGAGCAGGGUGGUUGAGGGGUUAAUCCUUGCCACACCUUGGGGAUGGACCUUCAGCUGAAGCCACAGGGCCCCCUCGGUGCACAGUCUGGACUCUUCCCUGAAGCCCACAGAGCAGGCAGGCUAGGCCAAGUCAGGCUCAAUUUUGGUGCUCCAAGUGCCCAGUGACUGUGAGAGGGGAGGCAGCAGGGAGAAGCCUUCCUUUUUGGGGCCAACAGCUGAUUCCAAGCCUCUGAAAUCCUGCAAGGAGCUCUGGCUCCCAGCUGACCCCCAAGGCAUUUUUCUGCAGACAAGACCAGAAGACUCCUAGUUCUAGUUGGAGCUGGCAGACAGCUAUUACCCCAGGUUCUUCCUCCACCCCAGGUCUGUCUGUCACCCUUCCCUGGGACAUACAAACUACUGGAUGGAACCCGGAGCUGACCAGGAGGACGAAGAAGGCAUGGCUAUCUCAGACCUGAAGACUGGGGUGCUUCUUGCCAGAAUGACUAAGACACUUGAAUAAUUGCUGUUUGCACUUACUGCACAGUCAGACCACGUCACUACAUUUCUAUGCAAUGGAGAGGACAAGGCAGCGCGGUGGUCAUGGCUUUUAGCUAACCUAUUCAAAGACCUUUUCCAGUUCAUUAACCUACCUUCCUAUUUAUGAAGGGAGUUUUAAUGUUCUGCCUUACAAGACUUUUAACCUCGUGGUUGGGAGUGGGGCUGGUUCUGUAGGCCCUAGGGCCUGCUCCAUGUAUUUUUCAACAUGGAAUACACCCAAUUGGUUAAACGGUUUAUACAUGGACUGAUUUUCUUCCUUCCCUGCUAUGGCUGGAGUUACGGGAACAGUCUUUAUAGAGCCGCAAUAAGAAAUAACUAAAGAUAAAGCUGGUCAUACAUUUUCAUAACGUGUUUCUGCUGAUUUUUUUGGUAAAACUUUCCCAAGACACUCCCAGACUUAAAAAUAAAGUUGGUUACUACA